GAGCCGCGGCCGGAGGGAGCGGCCGGAUGGAGCGGAGGAUGAAAGGCGGAUACUUGGACCAGCAAGUGCCCUACACCUUCUGCAGCAAAUCGCCCGGAAAUGGGAGCCUGCGCGAAGCGCUGAUGGUCCCGCAGGGGAAGCUCAUGGACCCCGGCUCCCUGCCGCCCCCCGACUCCGAAGGUAAAGAAGCGGAGAGGCAAACCGCGACCCUCCACCCCCACACACACCCCGGGGGCCGAUCCUGGAGUCCCCGCCCGUUUCCCAAAAAGACAAGCCGUCCAAGGGACUCCGGUCAUUCUUCUCAGCUCCUACCCGCAAGGGGGGUCGCCGGGCUCGCUGGGGCUCCCUGCCUCUCCCCAUACCUCCACCUCACCUUCUCCAAUUCCAUUAUUCACCCCUCAGAUCUCUUCCAGGAUCUAAGUCACUUCCAGGAAACGUGGCUCUCUGAAGCUCAGGUACCAGACAGCGAUGAGCAGUUUGUUCCCGAUUUCCAUUCAGAAAACUUAGCUUUCCACAGCCCCACCACCAGGAUCAAGAAGGAGCCCCAGAGUCCCCGCACAGACCCGGCCCUGUCCUGCAGCAGGAAGCCACCACUCCCCUACCGCCACGGCGAGCAGUGCCUUUACUCCAGUGCCUAUGAUCCCUCCAGACAAAUCGCCAUCAAGUCCCCCGCCCCUGGUGCCCCUGGACAGUCGCCCCUACAGCCCUUUCCCCGGGCAGAACAACAGAGUUUCCUAAGGUCCUCUGGCCCCUCCCAGCCCCACCCUGCUGGCCAUGGGUACCUCAGGGAGCACAGCUCCAUCUUCCAGCAUCCCUCGGACAUUUGCCACUCCUUCACGUCCUCUCAGGGAGGGGGCCGGGAGCCCCUCCCAGCCCCCUACCAACACCAGCUGUCAGAGCCUUGCCUGCCCUACCCACAGCAGAGCUUCAAGCAGGAAUAUCACGACCCCCUGUAUGAGCAGGCGGGUCAGCCGGCAGUAGGCCCUGGUGGGGUCAGUGGGCACAGGUACCCAGGGGCGGGGGUGGUGAUCAAACAGGAGCAGACAGACUUCGCCUAUGACUCAGAUGUCCCUGGGUGUACAUCAAUGUAUCUUCACACAGAGGGCUUCUCCGGGCCCUCCCCAGGUGAUGGGGCCAUGGGCUAUGGCUAUGAGAAACCUCUGCGACCGUUCCCAGAUGAUGUCUGCGUCGUCCCUGAGAAAUUUGAAGGAGACGUCAAGCAGGAAGGGAUUGGUGCAUUCCGAGAGGGGCCACCCUACCAGCGCCGGGGCGCCUUGCAGCUGUGGCAGUUUCUGGUGGCCCUGCUGGAUGACCCAACGAAUGCCCACUUCAUUGCCUGGACCGGCAGGGGAAUGGAGUUCAAAUUAAUUGAGCCUGAGGAGGUUGCCAGACUCUGGGGCAUCCAGAAGAACCGGCCGGCCAUGAAUUAUGACAAGCUGAGCCGCUCACUCCGAUACUAUUACGAGAAAGGCAUCAUGCAGAAGGUGGCGGGAGAGCGUUACGUGUACAAGUUUGUGUGUGAGCCUGAGGCCCUCUUCUCUUUGGCCUUCCCGGACAAUCAGCGUCCAGCUCUCAAGGCCGAGUUUGACCGGCCAGUCAGUGAGGAGGACACAGUCCCCUUGUCCCACUUGGACGAGAGCCCCGCCUACCUCCCUGAGCUGACUGGCCCUGCUCAGCCCUUUGGCCCCAAGAGUGGCUACUCUUACUAGCCCCAGCAGCCACCCCUCUGCCACCAGUGGGUGCUGCCCUGUGUACAUAGAGAUGAAUCUGGUGUUGGGGAACCCCCCACUCAAACCCACAGAUGUCUCUGGGCUGUCCCAUCUGCUGCCCUGGCCCAGACUCUGAGCUUCUCACCCGAGUCAUGGGAGGAAAAGUGUGGAGAAAGGCCAUGUAUAAUGGAGUUAGUCUCAAAAACUCCCCUGGGGGUUUCACCUCUGCUCAGGGAGAGUUCAGCUCAGCCUCUUCUGGGUCACGCCCAAGCCCCGCUCCUUUCCCUCCACCAGAGAGAACAAGAUCCAGUUCUAUUCUGGGGGACACAGGAGCCUCCGCAGUUUAUCCUGGCCAGGGGGCGAUGCAUUGAGUUCCCCAGGACCCUUGAACCCUGCAGUCCACCCCAAGCUGUGGUCCUGGAGGGUCCCAGUUGUCAGUUCAUGGUGCUGUGUUCCCAGAUGCAGGGGAGGCUAGGGUGGUGGGGGCUGGGUGGAGGCAGGGAGGGUAAGUCCCUGCUCCAAGGGGCCCUCUGCCUUCUCCUAGGCCAGGGCCUGGAAUUCCACCUCCACCAUGUCUGCCAGACCCUAAUAAAGGCCUCUGCUUCUCCUGUUAA